AUGCUGCGCCUACUCCCUCUCCUCCUCCUCUCCCAAACCUUCGCCUCCCCCGUCUCCCAAUCCUCCUCCAAACCCCUCCCUCUCCUCAUCUGGCACGGCCUAGGCGACAACUACGCCGCCGACGGCCUGCACUCAGUCGGCGACCUCGCAAACCAAACAAACCCCGGCACAUACGUGUACUACAUCCGGCUCGACGAGGAAGCCGACUCCGACCGCACAGCCACCUUCCUCGGCAACGUCAGCGCGCAAAUCGAACAAGUGUGCUCCGACAUCGCCACACACGACGUCCUGUCCCACGCGCCCGGCUUCAACGCGCUAGGAUUCUCACAGGGCGGGCAGUUUCUGCGCGGCCUGGUGCAGCGCUGCGGCGACGUCGUGCCAAUCAGGAAUCUAGUCACGUUUGGAAGCCAGCACAACGGCAUUGCGAAAUACCAGCUCUGCAAGGAUGGGGACUGGCUGUGCAAAGGCUACAUUGGCUUGCUGAAGGCGAAUACGUGGGGCGCGUGGGUGCAGAGCCAUCUCGUGCCUGCGCAGUACUUCAAGGAGACGAAUGACACGACGGGCGAGCCGAGCGAGGCGUAUCUUGAGAACAGCGCGUUUUUGGCGGAUAUAAACAACGAGAGGGAAUUAAAGAAUACGACGUACGCGAAACAUCUGGCGGGAUUGGAUAAUUUCGUCAUGUACCUUUUCGCAGACGACGAGACGGUUAUUCCCAAGGAGAGCGGGUGGUUCGCGUACACGAAUGGGUCGGAUGGGAGCGUGACGCAGCUCAGGGAGAGAGAUAUAUAUAAGCAGGACUGGAUUGGGUUGAAGGCACUUGAUAAGAAGGGCGGGUUGCAUUUCGAAACGACGGAAGGAGGACACAUGAACCUUGGUAAUAAAGUGUUGACGCAUGUUUUUGAGAAGUGGUUUAGUACCAAGAGUGGGACUUGGGACUGGGAUGGCGUGGUAGAUGAGGAGACGAAAGAGCAGGGGAUUAUUGAGUUGUAG